AUGGGCGUGUGGUAUCUAACAAUACAUGUCCGUGGUUCUGCCCCCUGGCGGAAGUAUUUGGGAGCAGCCAAUAACUUUAUUUCCCAUAAGGCACUUCGGUGUUUCGCUCCGCAUGUGGCACACGGCUCCUUCCUCCGCCUUAUCAUCAUCAUCAUGUCGGUGUUCAUGGACUUAAACUUGACUUUCUCGCCAGAUAAAAACAACAUGGAACAACUCAUCGACACGGCAGCUCAUCUUGGUUUCUCCACAGUAGCUGUCAACUACACGUUUGAACCUGCUACCAAAAAGAAACAGGCGAUUCCGGCACCAAAGCCGAUCGAUGAGCUCAUCGCUCAGCUGCCCAUCGUCCAGGGUCGCUCUCGACCAAUCAGAGUGCUCAACAGACUGACGCUGGUGAUGUCAGAGCUGAGUCAUUUUAGGCCGAAUCCUACAGAGUAUGCUGGGUAUGACCUGCUGGCAGUCCAGCCAACGACAGAAAAACUUUUUCAUGUGAGAUAUGUACACACACAGACGCACACCAAAAAUAGACACACUGACACUUGUGAGUUGUGUUUGGGUUUGUUGAAGGCAGCGUGCACGCAGUUGGACGUGGACGUCAUCAGCGUGUCAGUGACUGAGAAACUUCCUUUCUUCUUCAAGAGAGCGCCAGUCAACGUGGCUGUGGCGAGGGGUUUGGCGUUUGAAGUUUCGUACGCCUCAGCCAUCCGAGACGCCACCAUGAGGCGCUAUACCAUUGCAAACGCUGCUAGUCUGAUGCAGGCCUGCAAAGGGAAGAACGUGCUGCUGUCCAGUGCGGCGGCGAAGCCGCUGGAGCUGCGAGGACCUUAUGACAUCAUCAACUUGUAUCCUUGGGCCCGCCCACUGCUCUUCUGGCUCCUCACACGUAUACAGAGUGGGCGGAGCUUGCAUCCCAAGUGUGUCGGAAGAGAGCUGAUUUUUAUUUUUUUGGGGUCGCAGAAACCAGGAAGACAGCGAGCGGCGCCAUUUUCACCCAAAAGAGCUGCAGCGCCUCCCCUCGUGGCGCUGGCGAAGGCAGCGCGCGCAGAGGUGACGGUCCCACUGCCAAACGACUUAAAAGUCAGCUGACGGACGAGUCCCGGAUAUAAGCCCCACCCUCUGCUGCUACGACGGCCAAAACUGACAAUGUUUUAUAUUUUGAUUGCAGCAGAUUAAAAGUUGAUGUUCAUGCCAGGAGGGCUUCAGAAUAAAAGUCCUACUUGAUUUCA